CUUUGGCCUAAUCUUUGUUGUUGUUGGAGUACUAUUACUAAGUUGAUGUAACUAUUGAACAUGUAAACACCCAGUCAGGUUUGGGUCUGUGAUCUGUUGUAGAAGGGCUAUUAAAUCAUGUUUUAUCAGUGCUGAGCUUUAUCAGAGACUCAGCCCCACCACAGGACUGAAUCAGGUUCACAGUGCAGAAUGGGAACUCAGGCCCACCACAGGACUGAAUCAGGUUUACAGGGCAGAAUGGGAACUCAGGCCCACCACAGGACUGAAUCAGGUUCACAGUGCAGAAUGGGAACUCAGCACCACCACAGGGCUGAAUCAGGUUCACAGGGCAGAAUGGGAACUCAGCCCCACCACAGGGCUGAAUCAGGUUCACAGGGCAGAAUGGGAACUCAGGCCCACCACAGGGCUGAAUCAGGUUUACAGGGCAGAAUGGGAACUCAGCCCCACCACAGGACUGAAUCAGGUUUACAGGGCAGAAUGGGAACUCAGGCCCACCACAGGACUGAAUCAGGUUUACAGGGCAGAAUGGGAACUCAGGCCCACCACAGGGCUGAAUCAGGUUUACAGGGCAGAAUGGGAACUCAGGCCCACCACAGGGCUGAAUCAAGUUUACAGGGCAGAAUGGGAACUCAGGCCCACCACAGGACUGAAUCAGGUUUACAGGGCAGAAUGGGAACUCAGGCCCACCACAGGACUGAAUCAGGUUUACAGGGCAGAAUGGGAACUCAGGCCCACCACAUGGCUGAAUCAGGUUUACAGGGCAGAAUGGGAACUCAGGCCCACCACAGGACUGAAUCAGGUUUACAGGGCAGAAUGGGAACUCAGGCCCACCACAGGGCUGAAUCAGGUUUACAGGGCAGAAUGGGAACUCAGGCCCACCACAGGGCUGAAUCAGGUUUACAGGGCAGAAUGGGAACUCAGGCCCACCACAGGGCUGAAUCAGGUUUACAGGGCAGAAUGGGAACUCAGCCCCACAACAGGACUGAAUCAGGUUUACAGGGCAGAAUGGGAACUCAGCCUCACCACAGGACUGAAUCAGGUUUACAGGGCAGAAUGGGAACUCAGCCCCACAACAGGACUGAAUCAGGUUUACAGGGCAGAGUGUGAACUCAGCCCCACAACAGGACUGAAUCAGGUUUACAGGGCAGAAUGGGAACUCAGGCCCACCACAGGGCUGAAUCAGGUUUACAGGGCAGAAUGGGAACUCAGCCCCACAACAGGACUGAAUCAGGUUUACAGGGCAGAAUGGGAACUCAGCCCCACCACAGGGCUGAACCAGGUUUACAGGGCAGAAUGGGUUCUGUGUGUCAGGAGGUCAGUCUGCUGAGCUGAAGUCAGUCCAGGGCUGUGUCCUGGAGCAGCAGGAAGGGAAGAGACAGCAGAAUGAAGAACAAUCUUUACAUAUUUCAUCACCAUGCCUAGUGUCACUGUCUACCAUCUCAGCUUGAUGACCUGUCCUGCGGCCCAUUAAGCCUGACUGUCCUGCGGCCCAUUAAGCCCGACUGUCCUGCGGCCCAUUAAGCCCGACUGUCCUGCGGCCCAUUAAAGCCAGACUGUCCUGCGGCCCAUUAAGCCCGACUGUCCUGCGGCCCAUUAAGCCCGACUGUCCUGCGGCCCAUUAAGCCCGACUGUCCUGCGGCCCAUUAAGCCCGACUGUCCUGUGGCCCAUUAAAGCCCGACUGUCCUGCGGCCCAUUAAAGCCAGACUGUCCUGCGGCCCAUUAAAGCCAGACUGUCCUGCGGCCCAUUAAAGCCAGACUGUCCUGCGGCCCAUUAAAGCCAGACUGUCCUGCGGCCCAUUAAAGCCAGACUGUCCUGCGGCCCAUUAAGCCCGACUGUCCUGCGGCCCAUUAAGCCCGACUGUCCUGCGGCCCAUUAAGCCCGACUGUCCUGCGGCCCAUAAAGCCCGACUGUCCUGCGGCCCAUUAAAGCCCGACUGUCCUGCGGCCCAUUAAAGCCCGACUGUCCUGCGGCCCAUUAAAGCCAGACUGUCCUGCGGCCCAUUAAAGCCAGACUGUCCUGCGGCCCAUUAAGCCUGACUCUGGUCU